CACGGCGCCAGCUCCCUGGAGGCCGACGUCACUCUUAGUGUGGACGGGGUUCCAUUCCUCAUGCGAGAUCGCACCUUGAGACGAACCACAGAUGUGAGCACAGUUUUUCCUGGGAGACAACAUGACGACGCCGCUUUCUUCAACUGGACCGAGUUGCGUUCGCUCAACGCAGGUCGCUGGUUUCUGGAGCGGGAUCCCUACUGGACAGUAGAGACGUUGACCGGGAGGGAUCGGAGCAGGAUAGGCAACCAGACUGUUUGCAGUCUGUUGGAAAUGCUUCGUCUGGCAGUCAGAGCCAACACCUCUGUACUUCUCAACGUCCGCAGGCCCCCUCCGGGCCACCCUCGCUCCCAGAGUUGGUUCAUGGACACGAUGUGGGCUGUGCAGAAAGCGGGGAUUUCCCGGAAGAGGGUGACAUUGACCCCCGACACAGACAGGGGCAGGGUUCGGGGGUUUCAGCAGGCCACAAAUGAGAAGCUGUCACUCGCACAGAUAAGGCAGAGGGGCAUUACAAGCUUGACCCUUCACUACAGCAAGGCCAACCACAAAGAUAUACAGGAGUAUCUUGCCAACAACGUGAGUGUGACAGUCUACCCAGUGAACGAGCCAUGGCUCUACUCCGUUUUGUGGUGCAGCGGGGUGCCUUCUGUGUCCUCUGAUGCCCCCCAAGUCCUCCGAAAGGUGCCUUACCCCAUCUGGCUCAUGAGUCAGAAUGCGUAUCGCUUCAUCUGGAUCGCCUCGGAUCUCGUCUCACUCGCUGUGGUCGUCGGGAUCUUCAGUUUUCAGAACUAUCAUAUGAUCAGGUGGAGGAUGAGCGGAAUACAGAGUUGUAACCCCGAGCAGAUCAUGCUGAGCGCUGUGCCGCAUCGCUCUAAUCGGGAUGUCAACGUCAUGAAGGAGAAGCUCAUUGUUUCAGAACUCCACAAUGGGCUAAGAAGUACUGAGGAGUUGUCGCUGAAUCCCGAAAAUGGCAAUGCGAGAUACUCUCUCGGAGACCCGAGAACAUCAUUUCCCACGGAACAAAUGGAAUGUUAGAUACAGUACUUUUUUUUUUCUACAACUGGUUUCUAAUACUGUACACGGCCUAUAGUACAUGAAGGCUCUAAUAUGCAUCCAGUAGAUUGCACGCAACCUCUUGGAAUGAUUUUUUUUUCCAAGUUGACAGUGUACGUACAUGCGAGCAAAACUAUUGUGUUUAAUGGCUUAAAAAAAAAAGAAGCAUAUUUAAGGCUGAAUGGAUGGUCAUUUUCAUUAUCUUCUGCAUAGGAAGUUGACUUUGUCGUUGUGUAUGAUAUGUUGAUGUAAAUAGGACUCAUUUUGAAAUUGUUUCCCUUGUGAAAGGAAUUUUUUUAGUGGGAGGAUUUUGUUGUCAUCCAUUGUGCUUGUGAUCGGGCUAUUAAGAAAUAUACGAAAUAUUGAAGGUAAACAAUGCAGGGCUUUGAGAGUCUCUAAAGUGUCAGUAUUGAUACUGCUGCCUCUUUUUUGCCAUAUCGCGAUGUUUUGGAGACAUUGAGUAGUGACAUCUUUCACGUGGAUGCCUUGAAAUUGAUAAAUGAAUCAAAUAUGAAGGAUUUUUUCUCAUUCUUAUGAUAAGAAUGAAAGAUUGCAUUUUCACCUCUUAUGCCACAUUAGGCUACAGACUCAUUAAUAAAAAUGAUUAUAUGGAA